UCUCUUCUUGUUCUUGAUUGCUGCGAUCCUUCGUAACGCCGCUUAGACAUAAAUAGACAUUCGAUAAGAGAGAUGCAGAGUACUGUUGCAUUGGAGAGGAAGUCGUCCAUCGAGCUCGAGCCUCGGACGCUCUCGUUCGGGGAGUUCCAGCUCGCCAGGGAUUCGGCGCUUUAUAUAUUUAAGAAUAAUUCGUUGGAAGAGGCAAUAAAGAUCUUCACAGAGGGUCUGCAAUCAGUGCCGAAAGUUGGAGAUGACGGCCGUCUCCAUGGUAUUGAUGACGUCGAUAGCGUUGAGGAGGAAAGCGAAGAAGAUGAUUAUUGCUUUCGGCGUUGGAUGGGCCAUGGCCAGCUGCUUGGGAGAGAGAUAGCUACUGCUCCCUUCUAAUUGUGCACGCAAUUUUCUCUUUUCUUUUUUUCAUUUCUUUCUUUCUUUUUUAUUUCUUCUUAGGGCUUUCAUUUGUACGCUAAUUAAAUUUUGACCGAAAUGAUCAAUCGAGAAGGAUCUAUUUAAUCAA